AUGAGUUUUGUGAAUGAACUCCAACCAGUUCCAUUCGAAACUACUUUUGGAGGGUGCGAUGGAGAAAGAAUGAGCAGAGAAAACUGUGGUAAUAAUUCAAACACUAAUGCACAGUCUGAAUCCCACAAACGACGCAAAUCAACUUCGGUAACAUCAAAAAAAAGAGCGAAAAUGACUCGUGGUGAUGAAAACAUCACCGAUGAAACUGCUAAACAAGCUGCGACGGAACUACUGGAUCAGAUCGCAAAAACGCCAGGUCAAAUAGCAUUGAACUUAGAGUCCCCUGAAGCAGCAGGAAUAUGUCCAUUGCCACCACUUCUUCUUCAACAAUCAAAAACACGAUGGUCUAUCAGUCUUCUCGAAGAAGGACAAUUGAGAGGUCUUUUGGCUUCAAACCCAAAAAAUUGUCAGCCAUUAGGAUUGAAGAAUAUUCACAAAGGACACGUUGAAACACAAAUACUCCCACGGCAGAUGAAUUUGAAGGAAGCAAUAGAGACUCUGAAAAAUGAGACCAGGAAGAAUGAUUCAUACGUUGGGUUUGGAGUAGCUGUUGCCAAUAUUCUCAGAAGAUGUAAUGAUGUUUCAGCGGAGAAGCUAGCUCAAGUUAUCACCGCUGCAAUUGAAACAGAAGCAACAUCUCUAAUCAACAAAUAA